UUUUUCUCUUCACACAGGGUAUUCAAAAAGGCAAGUCCAAAUGGAAAGCUAACUGUGUAUCUUGGCAAGAGGGACUUUGUUGACCAUGUGGACAUAGUAGAGCCUGUUGAUGGAGUGGUUUUAAUUGAUCCAGAAUACUUAAAGGAGAGGAAAGUGUUUAUAACGCUGACAUGUGCUUUCCGCUAUGGGCGAGAAGACUUAGAUGUUCUUGGGUUGACAUUUCGAAAGGACCUCUUUGUGGCCAAUAUACAGGCAUUCCCUCCUGUGUCUGAGGAGAAGAAAAACCUGACACGUCUACAGGAGCGGCUGAUUAAAAAGCUUGGAGAACAUGCCUAUCCCUUCACCUUUGAGAUACCUCCAAAUUUACCCUGUUCUGUCACAUUGCAACCUGGACCAGAAGAUACUGGGAAGGCAUGUGGUGUUGACUUUGAAGUGAAGGCUUUUUGUGCUGAAAACGUUGAGGAGAAAAUUCACAAAAGGAACUCGGUGCGCCUAAUCAUCAGAAAAGUGCAGUAUGCUCCAGAAAAGCCGGGUCCACAACCAAUGGCAGAGACAACAAGACAGUUUCUCAUGUCAGAUAAACCCUUACACCUAGAGGCCUCGCUGGACAAAGAGAUCUACUACCAUGGUGAACCAAUUAAUGUAAAUGUUCACGUCACAAACAACACAAACAAGACUGUGAAGAAAAUGAAGAUCUCAGUGCGUCAAUAUGCUGAUAUUUGUCUCUUCAACACUGCUCAGUACAAAUGUCCAGUGGCAAUGGAGGAAUCUGAUGACAUUGUGGCUCCAAGUGCAACAUUCUGUAAGGUAUAUACUCUCACCCCAUUUCUUGCCAACAACCGAGAGAAACGUGGCUUAGCUCUAGAUGGAAAGCUCAAACAUGAAGACACAAAUUUAGCCUCAAGUACACUGUUACGAGAAGGAGCCAGUAAAGAAAUUCUGGGUAUAAUUGUGUCUUAUAAAGUCAAAGUGAAACUGGUGGUGUCUCGUGGUGGGCUCUUGGGAGAUCUUGCCUCCAGUGAUGUUGCAGUAGAGCUACCCUUCAUGUUAAUGCAUCCUAAACCAGUAGAAGAAUUCAUCUACAAAGAAGCACUAGAAAAUGAUGCACCCAUUGACACAAACCUGAUCGAGUUUGACACAAAUGAUGAUGAUAUCAUUUUUGAAGAUUUUGCAAGGCAACGACUUAUUGGAGCAAAGGAUGACAAAGAAGAGGAGGAGGAAGGUACAGACUCACCUAAGCUGAAUGACAGAUAGAUGAAGAAAGCAAAUGUUUUACUUUAUUACACCUUAUGGGAUCCACUGAAACCCCUGUAAAGACAAACAGACGUUUGUGACACCCUUUAACACACAUCACUGUGGUGCAGUUGUUGUGCUCCUGUUUACAUACGUUUUCUCCAUCCUAAUGGGUGUAAAAUGUAAAAGUGUUGAAAAACAUUACCUCCUUAAAUAAGCAUUUAGUAGGUGAAAUUAAUUCACUGGCUUUCUACAGGGUGCCUACAUGGCAUUUUGGUAAGAUACAGUAAGAUAUAGCAUUUGAUCAUGGUUGACCUUCAAUAAUAGCACGCCUUUGUUGUUAUUUUUUUCCUGUUCUUUUUUCCAAUAGAAGAGGAAAAAUAUUUGAGACCGUAACUCAACCAAUAUGAUUUCUGUCCUGAACAAUCUGUAAAGAAGAAGAAUUGUUAAUUACUUUAAAGAUACUUUAAAAGAUAAUUACUAUGACCACAGACAGGUUGUCUUGGUUUAAUGGACAGUCCUCCAUUCAUUAAUGAACAAAGUCAAUUACUGAACAAUUACUGAAGUUGAGUAUAAAAGUCGAGUAUUAGUGAGCACUGAUGCAGUGCCACUUUUGCCAUGGGAAGUCAUCUUGAAUGAUUUAGGGGACACUUGUAGAUAGGACUAUAAAGGAUACAUAACAAAAAAGCAAAAUUCUUUUUAGGGGGGGGGAAAGUACUAUUUUUUCAGAACUUUAUUUAAUGUAAUUACAACUACUAAUAUAAUUAAACAGAUUUAAUAACAUUACUGUGCAUCAGAGUAGAGUGUAAACACAAAUAAUGUGUGCUAUGCUGAAAACAAAAUGAGCAAGUUGCUUUAAAAAAACAAAACAAUACUCUAGAUAUGGAAAUGCAGGAAUAACUAAAAAGGAAUCCAACAUUACGUCACCAAUUUUGAGAUAUGUAGAAAUGUGAUUUGCACCGUGCUAACUGCCUCAAUCUCUAUAAUUAAAUACAGUGAGGGAAAAAAGUAUUUGAUCCCCUGCUGAUUUUGUACGUUUGCCCACUGACAAAGAAAUGAUCAGUCUAUAAUUUUAAUGGUAGAUUUAUUUGAACAGUGAGAGACAGAAUAACAACAAAAAAAUCCAGAAAAACGCAUGUCAAAAAUGUUAUAAAUUGAUUUGCAUUUUAAUGAGGGAAAUAUGUAUUUGACCCCUCUGCAAAACAUGACUUAGUACUUGGUGGCAAAACCCUUACAGAGGUCAGAUGUUUCUUGUAGUU